AUGGGGGUGAUCCCUAUUGUCAACGAAAAUGACACAUUGGCCGUCUCGGAAAUCAAAUUUGGUGAUAAUGAUACGCUAUCAGCCAUAACGGCCGCCAUGGUCAAGGCAGACUACCUUUUUCUGAUGACCGAUGUCGACUGUCUUUAUACAGCAAAUCCUCGAACCAAUCCUGAUGCGCAGCCAAUCGAGGUAGUCUCAGACAUUUCUUCGUUGGAAGCGGACGUUUCGUCUGCUGGCUCUUCUCUUGGAACCGGAGGUAUGAGUACGAAAAUUACGGCCGCGAGACUAGGAACGAGCGCUGGUGUAACAACAAUAAUUACGAAGAGUUCGAAACCUGGGAAUAUCCAUGAGAUCGUGAAGUACCUCAAACAGUUGAAGGAAACAGCCUCGACCGAUGCUACUGCAGAGAGCACCGCAGCCGGACUGCAGAUGUCAAUCCCACCUCUUCAUACCCGAUUUCUCCCAUCCGCGACCCCCAUUCAAUCACGUUCAUUCUGGCUACUUCACGGUUUGAAACCUCACGGUACUCUAUAUAUCGACCAGGGUGCAUAUGCCGCACUUCAAAAAAAAGCAAGUCUUCUUCCAGCAGGUGUCGUGGACGUGGACGGCCACUUCGGACAGCAAGAGGCGGUCCGAAUAGUUGUUGUGGAGAGAAUAUCUCCCGAUGCCCUGAAUGGUGAUUUUCUUCAUCCUGGCCAAGAACCGAAGGAAGUGGGACGUGCCUUGGUCAAUUAUGGCAGUCUCGAGAUAGCCCGUAUCAAGGGUCACCGAAGUACCCAUAUCCAGUCAUUACUAGGGUAUGCGGAUAGUGAGUACGUUGCUCUACGAGAGAACAUCUCCUUUUUUGGAAAUGAAGAGCAGGUACGGCGAUAG